AUUAACCCUAUCACAUCUGUAAUCAUCCUAAUCUUUGUAGCUCUAAUACUUCCUAUUAUAUUAUCCUCAACUAACAUCUAUAAAACCUAUAGCUUCUCUAAUCACGCUACAUCAAUAAUUAAGUACUCAUUUAUAUUAAGCCUUAUUCCACUAUGCACUCUAUUUUAUUCCAAUACCGAACUUCUAAUUACCAGUUGACACUGAGUAACUAUCAAUACAAUUAAAUUAUCCAUUAACCUUAAAUUUGACUUCUUCUGUAUCAUUUUCCUAUCAGUAGCCCUAUUCGUCACCUGAUCCAUUAUAGAAUUUUCCUCAUGAUAUAUACAUUCCGACCCCAACUUAAAUCGAUUUAUUAAAUACCUACUACUAUUUCUUAUUACCAUAAUUAUUCUCACUUCAGCUAAUAACAUGUUCCAACUAUUCGUAGGCUGAGAAGGCGUGGGGAUUAUAUCUUUUCUACUAAUCGGCUGAUGAUACGGACGAUCUGAUGCUAACACAGCAGCACUACAAGCUAUCCUCUAUAAUCGCAUUGGCGACAUCGGCUUUAUCGCUACAAUAGCUUGACUGAGCCUAAACAUAAAUUCAUGGGAAUUUCAACAAAUCUUUAUAACAAAUAACAACAGCAUUAUCCCGCUGCUAGGUCUUUUAAUUGCAGCCAUAGGUAAAUCAGCACAAUUUGGCCUUCAUCCAUGACUUCCAUCAGCUAUAGAAGGCCCCACUCCAGUUUCAGCAUUACUCCACUCAAGCACAAUAGUGGUGGCAGGAAUUUUCCUUUUAAUUCGUUUUCAUCCACUGAUAUCUAAUAACAACAUGGCCCUAACCAUGAUACUCUGCCUAGGAUCAAUUACCACAUUAUUUACAGCAAUCUGUGCUCUAACUCAAAAUGACAUUAAGAAAAUUGUAGCCUUCUCUACAUCAAGCCAGUUAGGACUUAUAAUAGUUACACUAGGAAUCAAUCAACCAUAUUUAGCAUUCCUUCACAUUUGUACUCACGCUUUCUUUAAAGCCAUGCUAUUUAUAUGCUCUGGAUCAAUUAUCCACAACCUAAAUGAUGAACAAGACAUCCGAAAAAUAGGGGGUCUCUUAAAACCCCUACCAUUUACAUCCUCUUGUCUUAUUAUUGGAAGUUUAGCUUUAACAGGAGUUCCAUUUCUUACAGGUUUUUAUUCAAAAGAUCUAAUCAUUGAAGCCAUAAACACGUGUUAUACCAACGCCUGAGCCCUUCUAGUCACACUUCUAGCUACCUCUCUAACAGCUGCUUACAGCCUACGAAUUAUCUUCUUUGCUCUAAUAUCAAAACCUCGCUACCUACCCCUAAUUACACUAAACGAAAAUAACCCCAAACUUAUAAACCCCAUUAAACGCUUAGCCAUAGGAAGUAUAUUUGCAGGAUUUAUCAUGACAUACAACAUCCCAACUACAUCUAUUCAAGUAAUAACUAUACCCUGAUACUUAAAAACAACAGCAAUCUUAGUCACUCUAAUAGGAUUCACUAUCGCUUUAGAACUAAACAACCUAACAUAUAAUCUAAAAUCAAAUACAUCAACACUAACAAACUUAUUCUCCACAUCACUAGGGUAUUUCACCCUUAUCUUCCACCGCUUAUUACCCAAAAAAUUCCUAACUAUAAGCUUUAACACACCCCUAAACAUACUAGACUUAACAUGACUGGAAACUUCUAUCCCCAAAGCCAUCUCAUAUAUAAAUCUCACAGCCUCCCAAAUCCUUGCCAACCAAAAAGGUUUAAUUAAACUUUACUUCAUAUCCUUCCUCAUUACUCUCCUUUCGAUUCCUAUUUUACUAAUUAGUUUCCACGAGUAA